UACAGUAAGAAGAUAUGUUAUAUAGGACACCGAAGAUGGCUGCCAUCCAAACAGUACAGAUAUGACAAAAAAAACUUUAGUGGAGGGAUAGAAGAAGGUAAAGCUCCAUGGCCACUAACAGGAUUGCAAUUUCAAGAUAUAGUGAAAGAUAUGAAAAGAAAACAGGGCAAGGUUAAACCACCAGGAAAGAAACGUAAAAGAGGAGAAGAAGGACAGGGUGUCGAUGAAGAUGUUUCUGACCACUCGUUAUUUUCUCGAAGGUCCAUACUUCAUGAUUUGCCGAAUUUGGGAUCGAAUGCAAUUCGUCAUUGUACAGAUGUUGUGCAUAGAUAAAAGAACAUAACUAAACAUAUUGUUAACACUCUCAUAGGGAUUAGGUCCCCAUGGGAAGGAAAUAAAUACAGGAGGAGGUCAAACAGAGGUGUAGAACAUCACUGUUGAAGGUGAUACAGAGAUGGUUGUAGAAAUCGAACAUGCGGUUCAAGGAAUUGGAGGAGACCAUAUAUCUUCUUCCGAAAUUUUGAAGGGAGGGUCAUCAAAUGGAUCAUUGUUCUCUUACAAAGAUGUUGUUAAUCAGAAAGGAAGGAAUUGGGAAGAGUGUUUUAAGAAUUGGGGAAUCAAUGAUAUUGAGGAGGAAUUGAUGCUACAAGAACGGGAGGAAGGAACGGAGAUUGAUGAAACUGAGAAGAUUCCUGCUAUCCAAAUUGAUGCUCAAACUCGGAGAAGAAUUAUCCAGCCAUGGAAGAAUUGUUUGAUUGGAAAAGUGGUGGGGAAAACAGUUGGGUAUAAGUAUAUUGCUACCAAAACUCAUGAAUUAUGGUGUUCUUCUGGUAAGGUCGAAAUUCUAGAUUUAGGAAAUGAUUAUUUUUUGUUUAAAUUUGAACAGCCUGAAGAUUUUAAGCAUGCUUUGUUAGAAGGUCCAUGGUUUGUUAAUAGACAUCAUCUUGCCAUGAUGAGAUGGACUGCAAAUUUUAAACCUUCUGAAUCAUCAAUUAAUAGAACAGUGGUGUGGAUCAGGUUGCCGGAACUCCCACCGGAAUAUUAUGAUGAAAAGAUACUAUUUGAGGUAGCAGGAAAAUUAGGGAGACCCAUCAAGAUUGAUAAGAAUACUGAAUUAGUAAUGAGAGGUAGAUUUGCCCGAUUAUGUGUUGAAGUUGAUACUAAUGCUCCGUUAAAAUCUCUUAUCCGAAAUGGCCAGAUAAAACAGAAGAUUGAAUAUGAAGGAAUUCAUUUGAUUUGUUUUAAUUGUGGUAAAAUUAGUCAUAAGAAAGAAAAUUGCCCGUUAUUGCAGAAAGCUAAUGAUUCUAAUGUAGGCUCUAGCUCUCAGGUUAAUGCUGGUGCAACUACUACAAAGGAGAAAGAAGGCGACUAUGGCCCCUGGAUGCUGGUGCAACACAAGAGAAGCUCCACAAAAAGUUUUGGCGCGAAAGCUGUGAGCAGUCAGAAAACAAAGGAUGCUAAUGGCAUGGUAAAUGCUAAGGAGGGGGAGAUGGGAAGUCAAUGGAAAACGGUGCCAAAGGCUAAACCUAAGAACAAUUCUGGUAUGCAUGUUUCUAACCAGGUGAAUGCUAAAAUAGUUAAUGUUCAAUUCUCUCAAUGUUUGUUGGGCCACACAAAAUUUGGUCAAAUGAACACCCAGGCUAAGAGCAUCAGUGGUGUUAGUAAGAUUAAUUAUGGGAAUGUGAUGAGAAAUGACAGUUACAAAAGUUUAAAAAAUAAGAACAUUAAUGCUUUUACUGUUUUAGAAAAUGAGCAGUUAUAAGUGGAGGAGAGUAAUGGUAAGGAAGAUGAUUUGUGUGUAACGUCAAAUCAAAUUAAGGGAAAUAAUGGUGAUCAUAAUGGAGGAAUAAUUGUUGUUAGUGGGGAGGUAAUAAAAGGCUGGGGAACUGGCUAUUUAAACAAUGGGAAAUCACAAAUGUAUCACACAAAGUUUAAUCAAGAUGAGCAGUCAGAGAGACAUUCUAAAUUUGUUUUCUCAAGCCUCACCAAUGUUAUUGGUGGAAGAGUGGAUGGUGGAAGAUCUCAUGGUGCGCAGAGCACAAGAGGAACUGGUGGCAAUGUAGAACAGUAUGGUGGAGCUGAUAAUGGAGCAAGCAACAGGAACAGAUCAAGUGAUACAAUUAAUGGAGGAAGUAAAUCAGUUACAGAGAGGAUUGAUAGCAAUACUGCCACAAAUAGUACAUGCCCCGGAAUUGGUGAAUGUAAAUGGAGUUUUGGAUCGGAUCCAAAGGACACUGAGCCCCAUACGUAUUUCUCCUUCAAACUGGACUCAUCCAGAUCCAGUCGAGUUCCUAAACGAAUGGAGAAUAGAGGCAGCCUGCAUGUCAAAGAUGUGGUGAGAAGCAACCAUCUUGGAAGCAGAAAUUCCACCAAUGGUGGAAACCCCAGCUGUAAUAAGAAUCCCAAAAGGUCUCUGGAAGAUUGGGAUGCAGUUCAGUACCAGAUUGGAUUGGGAAAUGGGAGUGCAAAUAAUCUUCAAGACAAGGUUCAAUCCACUGAUUGGAAUGAAUCAAGUAAGAAUGCAGGAGGGUGUGAUGGAGAGUGCCAAUAACCAUGUAAGUGGUGGUUGAUCUGUGUCUCCUUUAGCUAAUUUUAAUAUGAAGAUAAUAAUGUGGAAUUGCAGGGGGGUUGUCAAGUCCCUCUUUUAGUAGAGUAAUGAAGCAUCUUGUCAAGAAGCAUAAGCUUCAAAUAGUGGCUUUGUUAGAAACCAGAACCAUCACUGAACAUGCACAAAAUUUAGUGAAGAGACUGGGAUAUAACAAAGCUAUUAUUGUGGAUCCUGCUGGAUUUUCUGGAGGCAUGGUGCUUCUUUGGAAUGAAGAGGAAGUGGACAUUCAGGCCACUUCAGAAACUAGAUGGUCAAUUCAUGCAGUUGUUACAUAAAAGUUCAGAAGUCUUGGAUCUUAUCACCUAUCUAUGCCAGCACAAAUAAAUUGUGUAGGAAGAGAGUUUGGGAGGAAGUGAAUGGAAUUGGUGGAAUGAAAAAUGCGGAUUGGAUGGUGAUGGGAGACUUGAACACUAUAGGCAGUGAAAAAGAGAAGGUUGUAGGAAGGAAACCAACAUCAACACAAAUAGAGGAACUGAGGAAUGUGAUGAAUCAAAAUGGGCUUGUGGAUCUGGGUGCUCAUGGUCCAAAGUGGACCUGGAAUAACAAGCGUGUGGGCUUGGAAAACAUCAAGGAGAGGUUGGACAGGGUAAUGGCAAAUACUUUGUGGUGUGAUAGGUUUCCCAAUGCUCAGGUGGUCUGGGCAGAUGAUUAGUGAUGCUAAGUCAACCUUGCUUACCUCUGCAAAUUUGGGGAGAAGCUUUUCUAAAGGAAUGGCAAGAGCUCUCAAGGUUCAAGUGGCAAAGGAUCCAGGUAAGUAUCUCGGAAUCCCAUUACAAUGGGGAAGAAUUGGAACUAAUACUUAUCUUCAUCUUACUGAGAAAUUAGCUAAUAGAAUGCAGGGUUGGAAUUCAAAAACUUUGAACCCUGCAGGUAGAACAACCUUGAUCAAGUAUGUGUUGGAUCCUGUUUCCAAUCACAUUAUGAGUAUGCUCAAACUUCCCAAAAGCCUGAUUACUAAGAUUGAUAGGUAUAAGAAAAAUUUCUUGUGGGGGGAGAUAAAGAUAAGAAAAGUAUCAAUAAGGUUGGGUGGGAGAAAGUUUGUAGGCCUUUAGACUUUGGUGGUUUAGGUGUGAGGGACUUAGAGCUGAAUAACUUAGCUCUUUUGGAAAAAAUGGCCUGGAGAAUUUAUGAUAAUCCUGAUUCGGAGGUCACCAACCUGUUAAAGGAAAAGUAUUACUCGUACUCAAAUAUUUGGACUUGUGGAAAAAAGAAUAGAACUUCUGUUAGUUGGAGGAGCAUUCUCAAAGGAAGAGAUACAGUGAAAUCUAGUAUCCGAUGGAGUAUAAGAGAUGGCAGGAAUGUGAGUGUUUGGAAUGAUCCUUGGAUGUCUAAUUUACCCCUUUCUGUCAUAGCUGAGGCUUCAAAUCAGAAUGUGCCUGAUUUAUUGGUCAAGGAUAUUAUUAACUUUGAUUCUAGGACUUGGGACUUAACAGCAAUUGAUGGGUUCAUUUCCGAGAGAGUGGCUGAAGAAAUCAAAGCCAUUAGUAUUGGUAGUGACAAGUGUGAGGAUCAGGUUGUGUGGUCUCAUAGUAAGAAUGGAGAUAUUAUUGUUCGUGAUGCUUAUAACUUCCUCAUUUCCAAUAAGAUAGGCAAUAUUUUGCCUGAUCAUAAUUGGAGAUUUCUGUGGAAACUUAAUUGUCCACAGAAAAUCAAAUUUUCUUGUGGCUUCUUUGUCACAAUGGACUCAAUCUAAAUGAGUCUCUUUAUCGUAAGCAUAUAAGUAAUCAUCUUGGUUGUUGUUUAUGUAACAAUGAGUUCGAAACUUCUAAUCAUUUGUUCUUUGGUUGCAGAGCAGUGGCGCCUUUAUGGGAAAAGAUAAAGGAUUGGAUUGGUUUCCAACCCAAUUUGGAUUAUAUUAACCCAUCUACUCUGAAAUACUUUUGCAGGUUUAAAGGGAAAAUUGGUGGAGUUAAUUGGGUGAAUAUAUUUCCAUUUAUCCUCUGGUCCAUUUGGAAUGGUAGGAAUGAAUGGGUAUUCAACAAAAGAGUGUUUCUCCCUUCUCAUGUGCUUGCUAGAGCCUUAAGAAGUGCCAGGGAGUUUCUCAAUGCUAGGGGAAACCUGGAGCAUGAAAUGUGCAGAACUGAAGACAUUGUUGUUCCAUGGAUUUUCCAAGGCAUGGUUUUAGCAAGAUUAAAUGUGAUGGAGCUUCAAACAAUGUUAAGGACGCAGAAAUUGGGGGAAUCAUAAGAGUUGAUAAUGGUGGAUUUCAGGCUUGCCUUGCAAGACAUAUAUACAAGAAUGACAAUAAUGUUGCGGAGGUGUGGGAAAUAAGAGAAGGUUUGUUGUUGGAAAAAAAUAUUGGCAUAAAGAAGCUAGAGGUAGAAACUGAUUCUACUUAUGCAGUGCAGUUGUGCAAAAGAGAGACGUCGACGCCAUGGGUGAUGAGGAGCUUAAUCAAAGAUAUAGAAGAACUGAUGCUGAGUUUUGAUGAUAUUGUAAUUGGCCAGAGAUACAGAGAGGCAAAUGGUGUUGCAGACUACCUAGCUAAAUCAAGUGUUGCGAAGGAGAUUGAGGGGGAAUGGAUCACUUCUCCUCCUACUUCAAUUCUCCGGUUGCUUAGCAAUGAUUUGGUAGGCAGAGCUGUAGUGAGGAAUGUUAGAUUGAGUGCUUAGUUUUGUGUUUCGUUUUCUGCUUAUCAAAAAAAAAAAGUUAACACUCUCAUGGGUAAUAGUAAGUCAAAAGAUGGUGUACAUGCACGUAAAGAUAUGAAAGCUAUGGGUAUUAAAAAGCGGUUAUGGGUGAAAGAGGGUAGUGCAACUGGUAAAACAACAAUGGAAGAUAGAUCUUUUGCUUUGACAAAAGAUGAAAAAGUAUCUUUUUGUACAAUGCUGAAGAACUUAAGGGUGCCUUCUAGCUUAUGUUCCAAUCUUCGAAACUGUGUGAGCAUUAGUCCAAAGGAAUUGAAGAAUUUCAAGUCACACGAUUAGCAUGUGAUUAUCAAUCUCUGUUUCCAUUACUAGUUCAUACUGCGACUUCAUUACCUAACAAUUUGCGAGUUUCUCUUCUCUGUGUUAGUAUAUUUUCCAACAUUUUGUGCUCAAAGGUUAUCAACAGAGAUGAACUUCUAAAAGUGAAAUCUAAUCUAGUGGAAGCAAUAUACGUUAUGGAAAAAUAUUUUCCUCAAUCUUUUUUUGUUAUUAGCAUCCACUUGAUGAUUCAUCUGUCCAAUGAAGCUUUAAUCUGCGGUCCAGUCAUAUUUAGGUGGAUGUACCCCUUUGAGAGCUAGGUUAAUGAAAGGUUUUAAAGGAUUGGUGCGCAAUAAAAGGUACGUUGAGGGGUGCAUUGCAAGAGGGUGUGCACUGCGAGAAGCUAGCUUAUACCUUAUGGAGGACCUGUCAGAUGAUGGUGAUGGUACUCAUAAACAUACUCGACGGGCUUUUUUGGAUGAUGAAUGUGAUGAGGUAAUGUGUUAGGUUUUCAUCUAUGGUUGCGCGAUGAGGUAAUGUGCUACUAUAAAUCUUUCAGUAGUGGUUUUAAUACAAGUUGUUAUGGUUUUGGUCGUGAUACUGACUCUUCCAUGAUCUAUAACAGUUAUUAAAAGCCAAAGAAACUGAUUCAACACUUUGGAGACUCGUCCAAGGACCACACUUCAAGGCACAAUCAUAUAAGAAAUACCAAGUCAAUGGGUUUACUUUUAGCAAAUUAAGUUCUGGGUGAAGAAUAUAUCACAGAACAACGGUGUGUCAAUGAAAACUGUUACAAGACUACAAACGAAGUCGAUCUAGAAAGCAGAAAUAACUUAUUAUGGUGUCAUUAAAGAGAUUUACAACUUGAACUACAUUGAAUUUGCAGAAACUGUUUUUUUAUUGUGAUUGGGUUAGUGUUGGAGAUAAGAAUGCUUGCAAAGUUGAUGCAGUUUCAAAGUUUGUAAAGGUCAACUUAUCGAAGACGAAAAGCAUAAAUAGAGUGGUUGAUGAGCCGUUUAUCCUUGCA